GGGCUGCCGGCGGGCAGUCGGGAGCAGGCGACGCGUACGCGAGUUUGGAGGCUGCAGCUGGCGACUGAGGAGGCCGGGCCAGGCCGGUGAGGACGAGGCGGGCGAGCGAGAGGGCGAGGAAGAGCAAAUACAACUCUAAGGGGAAAGACAGUUAUUCCAGCUUUCUCUUGGAAGGUAAGUAGUGGCAUACUGUAGGUGGCCCCUAUCAGUUAAGACUUUUAAAGCCGGUAGUACUUCUGCAGGAUUCUGUAGAGAAACCAUCUGACUUCAAAGAUAAUGUAUACUUAUCACUGUAGACGAUUUGACAAAUACAUAAAAUUAGGAAGAAGAAAAUAAAAAUCAGUCCUCUUACCCCUCCCAGUGAUAACCACCGUAAAUAUGUUUUAAAAUGCAUGGAUGUGGAGCUGUGGUUCUGGGAGAUGGAGGGAGCAUACUCCAUCCCGCCUCUCCCACUGUCUGUAGCUAUAAGACCUGGACAUGUGCAUGGAGCAGCUGUUGAGGACUCCGACAAGUAAACCAUAACAGGCGGAUGGGGGAGAAGGCCAGAAUUUGAAGCCCCUCUUUGCACCAGUAGUGAGUUUCCUGUCUUCCCUUCAGCAUCCCCUGCCCUGGACUCCAGCUGUCUGAAACCUGGAGGCAGGUACCCAGUGUGAACAGGGAGAGCUACAGGGUAGUUUAGUAGUUGGGCCCCAAGACAGAAAGUGGGAGAAAGCCAUCAUUUUUUUCCCUCUUGCUGCCUCUCCUCCGGUCAGCCCUGCAGUGGCACGAGUGUGUGAACACCUAAAACGCUUAGGGAAUGGGGAAAACCCCAGUUGCCUUUUUAUUCUCUUCCUCCUGCAGCUCAGUCCCAGGCAAGAUGCACGCAAAAGAAGAGCAUGGCUAAACGGAGUAAUUAAAGCCAUGGUGAAGAAUGGGAGAGAUAGAAGGAACAUACAGAGUCCUGCAGACUACAGGGACACGCUUGGGUGCCCAGACCCCUGUGGGAGUUAGCACCCUUGAGCCUGGGCAGACUCUGUUGCCCAGAAUGCAAGAGAAGCACCUGCACCUCAGAGUAAAGCUACUGGACAACACCGUGGAAAUAUUUGACACUGAGCCUAAAUGUGAUGGCCAGAUAUUACUGACACAAGUGUGGAAGCAUUUGAAUCUGGUAGAAUGUGACUACUUCGGGUUGGAGUUUCAAAAUACUCAGUCCUACUGGAUUUGGCUUGAACCUAUGAAACCCAUCAUUAGGCAAAUACGAAGGCCAAAGAAUGUGGUGCUUCGCCUAGCUGUGAAAUUUUUCCCACCUGAUCCUGGUCAGCUACAAGAAGAAUAUACAAGAUACUUGUUUGGCUUGCAACUUAAGAGGGACCUGCUGGAAGAGCGUUUGACCUGUGCUGACACCACAGCGGCCCUUCUCACGUCCCAUCUUCUGCAGUCGGAAAUAGGAGAUUACGAUGAAAUGCUGGACCGAGAGCACCUCAAAGCCAACGAGUAUUUGCCUGGCCAGCAGCACUGCCUUGAGAAGAUACUAGAAUUCCAUCAGAAGCACGUGGGCCAGACACCUGCUGAGUCGGAUUUCCAGGUGCUCGAAAUUGCUCGAAAGUUGGAAAUGUAUGGCAUCAGAUUUCACAUGGCUUCUGACAGGGAAGGAACCAAGAUUCAACUGGCGGUUUCCCACAUGGGUGUACUCGUGUUUCAGGGCACCACCAAAAUCAACACUUUCAAUUGGUCCAAGGUCCGUAAACUAAGCUUCAAGAGGAAAAGAUUUCUUAUCAAACUUCAUCCAGAGGUUCAUGGACCUUACCAGGACACAUUAGAAUUUUUGUUGGGUAGUAGAGAUGAAUGCAAGAACUUCUGGAAGAUAUGUGUGGAGUAUCACACCUUUUUUAGACUUUUGGACCAACCUAAGCCAAAAGCGAAAGCUGUCUUCUUCAGCCGGGGCUCCUCCUUCAGAUACAGUGGAAGAACUCAGAAGCAACUAGUAGAUUAUUUCAAAGACAGUGGAAUGAAGAGAAUUCCAUAUGAAAGAAGGCACAGCAAGACUCACAUGUCCAUUCGUGCUCUGCCUGCAGACCUACCAAAACAGAGCAUCUCGUUCCCCGAGGGAUUGAGGACUCCUGGCUCCCCAUCUUCAGCGAAUGCCUCCUUUUACUCACUCUCUCCCUCCACUCUGGUGCCCCCUGGCCUGCCAGAGUUUAAGGACAGCAGCAGCUCUCUCACAGAGCCCCAGGUUUCCUACAUCAAGAGUCCAGCUGCAGAGAGGAGCAGUGGAGCAGUGGCUGGAGGCCCUGACACACCAUCGGCCCAGCCCGUCGGGCCCCCCGCACUCCAGCCUGGUCCAGGCCUUUCCACGAAGAGUCCUCAGCCUUCUCCCUCCAGCCGGAACAGCCCCCUGAGUCUGAGCCCUGCAUUUCAGGUGCCUUUGGGCCCAGCUGAACAGGGCUCAUCCCCACUCCUGAGCCCUGUCCUCAGUGAUGCUGGCGGAGCUGGGAUGGACUACGAGGAGCCGAGACACAAGCGCAUGCCUGCAGACGAGGCCUACUUCAUAGUCAAGGAGAUUCUCGCUACAGAACGAACAUACCUGAAGGAUUUAGAAGUUAUUACCGUGUGGUUCCGCAGCGCAGUGGUGAAGGAGGACGCCAUGCCUGCGACUCUGAUGACACUGCUCUUCUCCAACAUCGAUCCCAUCUAUGAGUUCCACAGAGGCUUCCUGCGCGAGGUGGAGCAGAGGCUGGCACUCUGGGAAGCGCCCUCCAAAGCCCACACAAAAGGCGGCCAUCAACGAAUCGGGGACAUCCUGCUCAGGAACAUGCUCCAGUUAAAGGAGUUUACCAGCUACUUCCAAAGACAUGACGAGGUCCUAACAGAACUGGAAAAGGCUACCAAACGCUUUAAGAAGUUGGAGGCGGUGUACAAGGAGUUCGAGCUGCAGAAGGUCUGCUAUUUGCCUCUCAACACGUUCCUGCUGAAGCCCAUCCAGCGGCUGCUGCACUACCGCCUGCUGCUGCGACGCCUGUGUGGACACUACACUCCCGGUCACCAUGACUACGCCGACUGCCAUGAUGCCCUGAAGGCCAUCACAGAGGUGACUACCACACUACAGCACAUUCUCAUCAGGCUAGAGAACCUGCAGAAGCUGACGGAGCUGCAGCGGGACCUGGUGGGCGUAGAGAACCUCAUUGCUCCUGGCAGGGAGUUCAUCCGUGAGGGCUGCCUUCACAAGCUCACCAAGAAGGGCCUGCAGCAGAGGAUGUUCUUUCUGUUCUCAGACAUGUUGCUGUACACAAGCAAAGGAGUCGCAGGGACCAGCCACUUCCGGAUCCGGGGCCUCCUUCCGCUCCGAGGCAUGCUGGUAGAAGAAAGUGAGAAUGAGUGGUCUGUUCCACACUGUUUCACCAUCUACGCAGCUCAGAAAACAGUCGUGGUGGCAGCCAGCACUCGGCUGGAGAAAGAGAAAUGGAUGCUCGACCUGAACAACGCGAUCCAAGCAGCCAAGAGUGGCGGUGACACGGCCCCUGCACUGCCAGGCAGCACUGUGUGCACUCAUCCCCCCAGAUCCCCCAACGAGGUAUCUCAGGAACAGGAGUCAGAAGAUGACGCUCGGGGUGCCCGCAGCUCCCUAGAGGGGCAUGGCCAGCAUCGGGCCAACACCACAAUGCACGUGUGCUGGUACCGGAACACCAGCGUGUCCAGGGCAGACCACAGUGCAGCUGUCGAGAACCAGCUUUCGGGAUAUCUGCUAAGAAAGUUCAAAAACAGUCAUGGCUGGCAGAAGCUCUGGGUCGUCUUUACCAAUUUCUGUUUGUUCUUCUACAAAACUCAUCAGGAUGACUACCCACUGGCCAGCCUCCCGCUGCUGGGCUACAGCGUGAGCAUCCCCCAGGAGGCCGAUGGCAUACACAAAGACUACGUUUUCAAGCUCCAGUUCAAAUCCCAUGUCUACUUCUUCCGGGCUGAGAGCAAGUACACAUUUGAAAGGUGGAUGGAGGUGAUCCAGGGAGCCAGCAGCUCGGCUGGGAGGGCCCCGAGCAUCGUGCAGGAUGGUCCCCAACCCUCCUCAGGGCUGGAGGGGAUGGUCAGGGGAAAGGAGGAAUGACGCUCAACCUGCCCAGGUCUGGACACAACUACAAAGAACAGCAGGACAGAGGUGGCCUCUGUCCUGAGGCUUCUCAACAGAUGGGAAGUGGCUGUAGUCUCAGCGGAUCCCCACUGGCACCAACAGUGUGGGUGGGCCUCAUGUAACAUCUGGGAGGGGCUUCCUCCCCCAACCCAAGGCCCAGUGCAUGCCGCCCGCUAUCUGGGGCCCUGAGAAAAAUGUGCGGGUCUCGAGCGCGGAGCUGCUCACGCCUUGGCCCCCAGGCCCCUGGCUCAUAGACACAGACAGGGCUUGAGCAGUGCUCUGGGCAUCGGACCAAAGCCUGGGCACACCCUGCCUCUCUCCCCAGAGCAGGGUCCCUGCUGAGGACUGGCCUAGAGCAAGCACUGGAAAAGAGGCCCUGCCAUACACCCUGCAUACCCACUGCCAGGACCCUCUCAGACAAGUGUGGCACAGCCAUGCUGACCUUCCAUCUGGUGAACCAAGUGGCAGCCCCAGGGGCCCGCCCUGCAGGUCACAGCUCAGCAAGUCUAGCAGAAGCCAUGCUUGUUCCCCGUGUACCUCUGGAGAAGCAGAAACCAAAGUCCCCCUGUGCCCUGGGAGGGUGGGGUCCUCUAAUUUAUUAGUGCCCAGCAUUCCUUCCAACGGGAAGUAGACGAGUGACUGCUUUGUUCACACACAUUUGAUUAAAAAUAAACAGCAUCUCCCCA